CAUGUAGAUGGAGUUAAUCAAAUACUUCUAGAUCGUCGCUUAUUGGUUUCUACUUGCUGACAAAAAUCUCUCUUGGUUGCUCUUGGCUACUUGGUUAUAAACAUUGAUGCUUCACCUCCCCCGCUCAAGGAUCCUCCAUAUAUUUCUGUUGCAUUACUAAUUCUCAGUACCUCUCACAGGGCUCUCUACCGGCCAAAAAUAUUCAAUAAAUUUUUGUUUCAGAAAGCACAUGAAUGUAGCACCCAGGUUAGCUGUUCUUAUGUGCUGGUUGAGGUUAAGACUUUAAGGAAAUUUAAGGAUGGUUAGUUAGUGAUGUUAAGAGAUACAGAUUUAGGGAGCUUGAAAAUACAUCCCAGACUAUCACACCCACAAUUACCAAGUACUCUUUGGGUCUAGUAUAUUAAGAUGGGAAAAUAGAGAAAAGGAGUGAUCUCUACUGUAGAAUGCGUGAAAAGAACCAUGUGAACCACAAAGGCUUUGGCUAUCUAUAAUCUGAGUUUUAGCAGGGUACCACGGGCUGAGAGAGAGAUACUAGGUAGGUCAAUCAGGACAUUCAUUCACUUAAGCAACUAGAGCUUAUUAAGCGGCUACAGGGAGCCAAAUACAGACACAAAAACAAUCAGGGAAGUCACUAUGUAUUUAUAUGCAAGGAAAAGGAAGGUGGAAGUGGGGGGGAAGGGUGGGUAUCUGGAGAGAGAUACACCAGACCCCUUUAAGAGGGCCAAAAGAGAGUUAAAGUCAUAUCACAAAAUUCAGGCAGUGGUCAAUGGUGUCCAGAGCCACAGAGUGACCAAGAAAAUUUGACGAUCACUUUGGAAAGAGCACCUUUGGUUCAAAGAAUCCAAGAAACUAGAUGAAAGGGUCCAAAGGGAGAAAGCGAGAGCCCCUCCCCAACUUCCCCGCCUCGGAUCUCUGCACUGAAAACAAAGAGAUGCGGGUGGGCCAGGGUAAUAAUCCCCGCAGAAGUGCAGAAGAAGCAAGCCUUCCUUCCCGGUCUCUCCGCACUAAGAGGGCAGCCCCCUCCUCCUCGGGUCUUUGGGAGGCUGGCAGACACCCAAGGCCCUGCCACCGAGCGGGGCGGAGCUCGGGUUAGCCGAGGCCGGAGAGGACGAGCAGGAGGCGGAGCUUGGGUGGCUCCAGGCCAAGGCUAUGGCGGCGCCGGGCGCUGCGGGCGGCCGGGCUCUGCUCCGGGGCCUCUCCGUCUUGGUCGGACGAGCGGAAGCCGGCUCCGUGUCCCGGAGCUUCUGCAGCAGCGCCGUCAGAUGUGAAGCCACCAUCAUCUCAGGAACUGAAAUGGCCAGACAAAUCUGUAAAGAAAUAUGUUAUGAGGUAGAAUCAUGGGUGUCCCUUGGGAACAGAAAACCUCAUCUCAGUAUUGUUUUGGUAGGUGACAACCCAGCAAGCCAUACCUAUGUAAGAAAUAAGAUAAAAGCUGCUACAGCUGUGGGCAUUGGUAGUGAGGUCAUUCUGAAACCUAAAAAUGUCUCUCAGGAAGAACUUUUGGACAUAACUGAGCAACUGAACAUGGAUUCAAGAGUUAGUGGUAUAUUAGUUCAACUUCCUUUGCCAGACCACAUAGAUGAAAGGACAGUCUGUAAUGGAAUUGCACCUGGAAAAGAUGUGGAUGGAUUUCAUAUUGUCAAUGUUGGACGACUAUGUCUGGAUCAGCAUUCUAUGAUACCAGCUACUGCCUGUGCUGUUUGGGAAAUAAUAAAAAGAACAGGAAUCGAAACAUUUGGGAAAAACGUGGUUGUGGUUGGAAGAUCCAAGAAUGUAGGAAUGCCUAUUACUAUGCUUUUACACACUGAUGGAGAACAUGAAAGACCUGGAGGUGAUGCAACAGUAACAAUAACUCAUAGAUAUACACCAGAAGAGCAGCUCAAGAUUCAUACACAACUGGCUGAUAUUAUCAUAGUAGCUGCAGGCAUUCCAAAGAUGAUUACCUCAGAUAUGGUAAAAGAAGGUGCUGCUGUAAUUGAUGUAGGUAUCAACCAUAUCCGUGACCCUAUAACAGGAAGGACAAAAUUAGUAGGUGAUGUGGACUUCGAAGAAGUCAAGAAGAAAGCUAAAUUUAUCACUCCAGUGCCAGGUGGUGUGGGGCCUAUGACUGUGGCAAUGCUUCUGAGGAAUACGCUUCUGGCAGCCAAGAAGAUCAUUUACUAGACAACUCCUGGUACACGGCACCAAAAUAAGACUGAUGUUAUGUGGCUUAUUUAUUAAAACCUCUAUAUUUUGCUACAAAGCUAUUUAUUUCUACAUCAUAUUUAUUUUUCAUUUUUGGAAUGGUUCUGAAUUGGGCAACUCACAAAACCUUGUGCAUUCUCUGCUAAUGGAUUAUUCUUUUUAAUUUUAGUUUAAUAAAAAACAAGCAGUGACUGCUCUUUCCUUGUGAAUAACACUGGUUCACUAAAAAGAUUAAGCUCCAGGAUGCUGAAAUAAUAAAGGAUUUACAGUCAGGUGACAGGUUUCUGAGAAUAUUCACAGCCAUGUCCUUAAAGAAAUCUUGGAUGAUUUCGUCAUGUACAUGGGAGACACCUAGUCAGAGGACAGCAUUUAAGGGAGAGUUUUGCUCUACUAAAUCAGAUGCUUUCUUUUAUAACCAACAGUCUGCACAAUAGGAUCUUGUUUUCUUUCUCUUGUGUAACUAUUGAGAUGUGGUCUCCUAUGGAAUAUCAUUUAUGAAAGCCUGACUGUUCCCUUCUCAUGCCUUCAUCAGAGAUGCUGUCAAAAUGUGUGUAGCUAAUUAAAGAUUUUGUAGAAAUGGAAAAAAA